AAAGAAGCUUAAGGCCCUUCACACCGCACACCCCUAUCAAUGUGGAAUUAAUUCUUUUCUUCUUCUAGUAGCCUAAAACUCACGUUCUGUAUCUUAUCCCAAUUUAUUUCUAAUUCUGUAUCCCCCCUCACCAGCCAUCGCUCCCUCCCGCCGGUCAAUCACCACAUUCUUCCCUCCACCACUCUCUAAAGUCGUAUCUCUUGAAGGACACAAGUUCUUAGUUGAAAACGUUUGGAAGAUCUGGGUCGAAAACAACAUGGUGUUCUUUGCAUCCUUCUCUAGAGCUUCUCUUUUGGUAAAACUUAUAAAUAGCUUUCCAAAGCUCCUGAGACAUCAAUACCAUCAUUCUUGUUUGAGAGAUCUACAUUCUUUAUAUUGUCUCAACCAUUUUAUUUUCAAUUCUUUGUUUUAAUAUUUUUUUCUGUAUUUUUUUUUUUUUUAGCAGAAAUAGCUACAAUAAGGACCUACUAAUAAGAGAUUCCUGAUUCAUCCUUAAGAGUUUCCUAACUUUCUUCUCAAGUACCUUGCUCUCUAUUUCAUUUUCCCUACUUUUUUCUUUCUUUUGAACAAGGAAAAAUCUAUUAUCUUUCUAUGACAUAUCUGCCGGAUUAUUUUGACUGUUUUAACAUGGAAAAGUCCAAGCCUUGAAGUAAGGAAGGUGAAAGUUAUUUGAUUCAAGCCACUCCUUGGACCAACUGUUUUGUGCCUAUGUUAAUUUGGGAAAAUCUUCUCACAAUGUGUAAUAAUUACAGCAUCCGUCAAUGCUACCUCUUGGACCAACUGUAUUCUACUCUUCGUUCAACAAUCAGAAAGAGUUGAGAAGAUUUAAAGAGUUGAUUUUUCUUUUCUUUUUUUUCUAAAUUUUGUUCCAUGUUCAUUACUUGAACAGUGUACCGAUUUACUUGAAGAUGGUGCAGAACAAGUGGUUGAUGAUGCCAUACAACAAAAGAGUGAUGAUUUUAGCAUUUGUGUUAUCUAAUACAUGAGUUAUUGUAUUAUAAAGUUAGUGUAUAAAGCAUACCAUCCCACAUCACUUAAUGGUAAGAUUUUAUUUGUAAGAUUCAAAUUUUAAAAUUUAUUUUUUAAAUUAAAUUAUGUCAUAUAAAUAAUUUACUAGGUGUAUUUUACAAACAUACUUAAAGAUUAGAAUUUCUAUUUUUUUAAAUAAAAUUUUUAUAAAAUUUAUUAUUAUUCAGUUAAACUUUUCAUCACAUCCAAACUCACUAAAAGCUGGGCCCUGAGGCUCGGUAGAACAAAAUUCGGCCCAUAGACAGCCUCGGCUAGAGGUUAGAGCCUGCUAAAACCCUCAAAUCGCAGAGCGGUUGCUUAAACCCCUUAAAAGCAUUUUUCUCUGUGUAUGAAGCUCCGCAUUUCUUCUUGAAUUAUAGUGCUAUUCUUGUUCUUUCACUUCCCUGCUGGUUCCCCAAUGCCCAUGGCCUCGCUCCUUCUCAGAAACCCAAACUCCAAGCGCCUCCUCCCUUUCUCCUCCCAACUCAACUGCUGCUGUGUGGGAUCAUCGGCUCACUCCUCUCUCUCCGAUUACAUAUCCAGAAAUGACCGAGUUUCAGCUCUCAAUUCCUGGUGGAGAUCCAUGGCCACCUUCACCAGAACGAAACGUCAUGUGAAUGUGGGAACUAUUGGGCACGUCGAUCAUGGGAAGACUACAUUGACUGCAGCUAUCACAAAGGUUCUAGCAGAAGAAGGGAAAGCUAAGGCUAUUGCCUUUGAUGAAAUUGACAAGGCCCCAGAAGAGAAGAAGAGAGGAAUUCCGAUUGCAAUGGCACACGUGGAGUAUGAAACAGUUAAGCGACAAUAUGCACACGUUGACUGUCCAGGACAUGCAGAUUAUGUUAAGAACAUGAUUACAGGUGCUGCACAGAUGGAUGGGGGUAUUCUUGUCGUAUCUGCCCCCGAUGGGCUGAUGCCACAGACCAAGGAGCAUAUUCUGCUUGCACGCAAGGCUGGUGUGCCAUCACUUGUUUGUUUCCUAAAUAAAGUUGAUGAUAUAGACGAUCCUGAGUUAUUGGAGCUUGUGGAAAUGGAGCUCCAUGGUAGGAUGCUUCUUAGCUUCUACAAGUUUCAUGGGGUUGAUAUCACCAUUGUUCAGGGUUCAGCUUUGUCUACCUUACAAGGUACAAAUGAAGAGAUAGGCAAAAAGGCUAUCCUGAAAUUAAUGGAAGCUGUGGAUGAUUACAUUCCUGACCCAGUACGGUAGCUUGACAAGCCUUUUCUAAUGCCUAUUGAAGAUGUAUUCUCAAUUCAGGGGCGUGGAACUGUUGCAACUGGACGCGUUGAACAAGGAACAAUUAAAGUUGGCGAGGAAGUUGAGGUUUUGGGGUUAAGGUAGAGCGGUCCUUUAAAAACCACAGUCACUGGUGUUGAAGUGUUCAAAAAAAUAUUGGACCAAAGACAAGUCGGUGACAAUGUGGGUCUUCUUCUACGUGGUCUAAAACGGGAGGAUAUCAAACGUGGUCAGUUAAUUGCCAAGCCUGGUACUGUUAAAACAUACACGAAAUUCGAGGCUGAGAUAUAUGUACUUACAAAGGAUGAAGGUGGACGCCAUACGGCCUUCUUCUCAAAUUACAUGCCUCAGUUUUAUCUGAGGGCCACAGAUAUCACUGGCAAAGUUGAAUUGCCUGAAAAUGUUAAGAUGGUUAUGCCUGGUGACAAUGUGACUGCAGUAUUUGACCUGAUUUCACCCGUUCCUCUUGAACCAGGACAAAGGUUUCCCUUGAGAGAGGGAGGUAGAACAGUUGGUGCAGGUGUAGUUUCAAAAGUAUUGAGCUGAGUUGACACUCCUUGAUUCUUCAGUUUUUUUAUUUUUUUCAUUAGCAAAGUGAGAAACAAAAAAACAUGGCUGUUAUCUCCUGGAUUUGGAUACACAUGCCAAGCGGUUGUUCCUUUCCUAGUCCACACUAGAUGAAUAUUUUCUAGUGGGAUGCAAUUGAGUAAAAUUAAAAAGGUAGUUGAUCUUUGAUUGAA